UGUGUCAGGAGGGUACAUGUGUCACACAGUUCCCGCAGCAGCGCAAAAAUGCCUGGUUCCACUGGGGCAGUGAUCAGGGAGAAGCCCACCCCUCACCUUGUAGGCACAGCAGCGCUCAGCAGCACCAGGCCCCACUCCCCCUAAUUGUUUCUGCUUCAGGGACAGGCCCUGAGCACUGGCGUCCUCCGCUUCCAGUGCCCCCGCAGCAGAAACAAGGAGCAUUUUUGUUCAGACACACUCACCAUGGGGAUGUCAACCCCACUUGGGGUGGUGUCCUUCUGCUGCCUCUUGAGAUGUGAGGGCGCAAGAGCUGUGCUCGCUCAGGGACUGCUCUGGCAGGCCUGGCCCUUUGCUGUCCAUGAGCGUUGGGCCGGGGUGGAAGAGCAAGGCUGCCCUAGGGUGGGUCCAGGGCUGCAGCCCUACCCGAGGGACAGCUCCACUCCACAGAUGGAGGGAAGCAAUCCUUUCUUCUGCAGCAUUGGCCACCACCAGGCCCCUCAGUCUGUGCAGAGCCGACGCCUUCCUGCUUGGGUGCUGAGGGCCCUCACCUUCACCUCCUGGGCGGCUGCGGCUCUGUCACAGUGGGUGGCAGGGAGCGGCCACUGUGACCUACGGGGCUGCGAGCAGAACAAAGGCUGCCAAGUUCAGUCCCUGCAUCAGUGCGACCUGGUGAGGUGCGGAGAGGGCAGGGAGGAAGGGACUGCUUGAGGCUGACAGCAGGAGGAGGGCUUCCACCCCUCACGGCCCUGAGCUGUAAACUCACCCUUGUCCUGCUUCUCCCUCAGAGUUGUCAGAGGAGCGUGCAGAGGAGAAAGCCCAGCACUGCCGGAGCAGGAACUCUGCAAGUGCUCGCUGUCGACGUGCACCAUGUGCUCAAGGAGGCAGGAGGCUCCCGACUUGAGGGAGCCAGCAUGCAUGCUGUGUGGCCAGACAGAUGCUGACCCAGACAUCUGUGGGCCCAAGCAUGUGGACUUUGGGAUGUGUGCUCAUGCAUUUUGUAUGGCAUUCUCCACCAGCCUUUUUCAGCAAGCAAGGAUAGUGAACGGAACUGCAGAGGUGUGCCCUGAAGAUGUCAGUCGCGUAAUCCAGGAGGCAGAGCAGAAGCACUGCUUCAUUUGUGGCGAAACGGGGGCCCCCAUCACCUGUGCAGAGACGGGCUGUGAACACAGUUUCCAUCUGCCCUGCGCCCAGGAGGGUGAAUGUGUCACCCAGUACUUUGGAGAGUACAGUUCAUUCUGCCAGAAGCACAGCCCGAAGCAGGCGGUGGAAGCAGCUCCAGCGCAGAAUACCAGCUGCAUCAUCUGCAUGGAGCCUGUGGGGGACAAGAAGUCCUACCGCACCCUGGUGUGCCCAGCCUGCAAACACGCCUGGUUCCACCGGGCUUGCAUCCAGGGACAGGCCAUCCGUGCAGGCGUUGACUGCUUUCAGUGCCCCCUCUGCAGAGAUGUGGAUGUCUUUCUAUCUGACAUGCUCAUCAUGGGGGUCCGAAUCCCACUCAGCGGACCAAUGUGGGAGGAUGGCAAUGCAUACGCUUCGCUGGGAGAGAGGCACAGGCGCUGCGAUGCCAGUGAGUGCCUUUACCCACAAGGCAGGGAGCAGGCAGAGGAAGAGGGGCCCUGGGAGAUGCUCCUUUGCAGCUCCUGCGCAGCGGAAGGCACUCACCGGUGCUGCUCCUACUUGAGCAACAACACAGACACUUGGGAGUGCAAAGCCUGUGCUGGCGUGGGCACUGCCUCCAGUGUCAACUCAGAGCUUGCCAGCCCCAGCACUGCCAGUCAAUGUAGACUGGUGCCAUCCCACAGCUCCACAGCACCUGAGAGCAGCAGCAGCUCCAGCACCACCAGCCACACAGCAUUGGAGCCUGUCCACAGUUCCCACGUGCCUGAGAGCGGCAGCCAGUCCAACGAGCCUGGGACAGGUCAAUGGGAUGAAGAUACCUAUAAUCAUCUCCAAGGUUGCCGUGGGAGCAGCCAUGCUGCAGCUCCAUGGGGGGCUGCUGAGAGAUGCACCCCAACAUCUGCCAGACAUGGGGCAACAGGGUCCUCAAGGGCUUCCCAGGCAGUUGGCAGCCGCAGGUUCAGACAGGGAGAGCGGGCUCAGACAAGAAGCCGCUCCCCAAUACAGUCUCAGGCCUCAGAUUCCCAGAGCCAUCCUCAAAGGCGCUGUGGGAGGAGCCACGCACCAGCUCCAAGAGCUGAGAGUGGCUCCCAAUGCUGCACCAGACGGGGAGCACUGGGGUCUUCAAGGGGAGCACUGGGGUCUUCAAGGGAUUCCUCAGCGGCUCAUGGUAGAAGCCAGCUCAGGCGGCGAGUGCAGGCCCAGACACGAAGCCGCUCCCCUGUGGAACGUCGGCCUGCAGAAUUACAGAGCCAGCCCCAAAGACGCCACAGAAGCCAGUCCAGGCGACGAGGGCCAGCCCAGGUGCAAAGCCGCUCCUGGGUACGUCGGGCUGAAAAUCCCCACAGCCAGCUCCAGGGACGUCGCAGGAGUACCUGUAUGCGAGCCCCUCGUGCUGGCUCUGGUCCUCAGAGGCCAGCACAAUAAAACUUGGAGAUCCCAUAGACAUUUGUCAGUUUCAUCCUUCUCUGCCUUUCCCAAGGUGGGCUGCGUUAAGGGCUGGAACCACAGAAUUGUCUUCUCCCUAGCACCUAUCCCCCCAUACCUUCCUUCCUGUGGCUGGGUCUAGGCAGAGCUGGGUUCUGGCCCCGACUCCAUUGGGGCUCAACAUCUCCAAUCCACACAGGCCAAGGCUGU